AUGCCAGUCGCAACAUCAACAUCAGGCGCAAAACCUGCGCCCAAGAAGGGCAUUCUCAAGAAAACCAAAGCCGCCGCCUCUCCGCAAGCCACAGAACAAGGCGGCGCGAUAUCUGCCGAUGAGGCGCGUCAGGUGGCCAUCCGCCACGCGACCAUAAUACAACAGCAAAAGGCAAUCCACCAAAAGGUCCUGGACGACCUGAUCGAGCUGUCGGAACACCCUCGGGUCCGCGGGGCGGGCCACAGCGCCGCCAGCCCGGCCGCGAGCGACGUGGCGGAGUUCAAGGCCAAGGUGCGGACGUUCCAGCCGACCGACUACGACGACCUGAUUGAGGAGCGCAACGUCAACGACCUGUGCGGCUACGCCCUGUGCGCCAAGCCCAGGAAGAGAUACGGUCCGGGCACGUUCAAAGCCGUGAACCAGGGCAGGCCAGACUUCAAGAUCAUGCCGGUUGAGGAGUUGGAGAAGUGGUGUUCUCAGGACUGCGCGAGGCGGGCGCUGUACGUCAAGGUUCAGCUCAACGAGACGGCCGCGUGGGAACGCAUCGGGAUCCCGGACAUCGAGAUAGAGCUCAUGGGUGAGAAGGAGACAGGCAAGGACAGCGAACUCGCUGCAGACAUUGGCCGCCUCAAGAUGGAAGAGGAAAAAAAGGCAGAGAAGUCGUCAACAUUGGCCUUGGAGCGUGGCGAUACUACGGAGCAGUCGAAGGGUUCAACCAAUCUGGUGGAUUUUACGAUUCGAGAGAAGAAAACCACAGCAGUUCCCGAGCCACCAAGUUUAGAGGCAGAGGAGGAUGACGAAGACGGGGAGGACAUCCUCCUUGAAGGCUACAAACCACGCUUUAGAUAG